CUCUUGUCCAUACUUGAUGCGCGACACUCAGUGUAGUCUUUUCGAGGCACCAUCGCUAUGUCAGCUUUAUUGGCAAAUGCUUCACGGCUGAAACCCGAAAUUCGCCUGGCACAGGCUAUUUCGCAGUUCGAAGCCGACCUCUCGAGCGAGCACAAAGCAACCUUCCAUACCUACAGAACCCAGUCGCACAACUCCCCUCCUAGUCACACCGAUGUCAUGCGACUCGCAGCCGAGAUUGACCAUCGCGCGUCCGGAAAGGUUGGCGGGCGGUGUUUCGGACCUCGAUUGAUCAAUGUCCUACAAGCCGUCCAGCAAUUCGCGGCACUAGGGGAUGUCAUAGUAGGCGCAUCCCAGAACAUAAUUGCAUGUGGCGUGUGGUCGCUGGUGCGAAUGACCUUGCUUUUCAUGGUUACCUCCACCUCCUACUUGGAAAAGUUAUCGGACCUCUUUAUGACCGUCGGACGCUCGGCCCCCCGUUACCAAACGAUGGCCCUACUCUAUCCCCUAUCCAAAAGUCUGCAGUCAAGCCUGUCUGAAUAUUUCAUUGUGGUAGUUCGUCUCUGCCAUCAGCUAUUAAAGUUCACACAAAAGUCGAUCUUGGGGCAGUUGGUAUCUUCUCUCAGCGACUUAGACCCAAAGACCUACCAAUCAGAACUCGACCUCUGGGCCAAUUCGGUAAAAGAGGAGGUGAACCUACUAAUUGGCCAGAAAAUUGAGGAGGAAGCCCGUGAGAAUUCCCGAUUCAGAGCUCUUUCGAACAAGUUCUCGGAAAGGGCGUCGCACCACAGAAAACUGAAGACGAAGCUACGCCUCCUCGAGUCUUGCUCCACGUACGAUUACGAGACUACGUGGAAGCAGACUCGAAAAGUCGGAAACGCAACCCUGUUCAGCCAAGCUACCCAAUACCAGAACUGGAAGGGCCGACCAGAUUCCUGCACCCUCGUUUAUAUAGGCAAGCUGGGAUCAGGAAAGUCUGUUUUACUGGCCAACGUUAUUGAUGAUUUGAAUCUUUAUGUUCAAAACAAGAAUAUCGCAGUGGCUUAUUUCUUUUGCCGGCACGAUAUUCUUGAGAGCUUGAAAGCGCGGACGGUCAUUGGGUCUCUAGCUCGACAAUUGUUGCGCCCAAUUUCUGAUCUUUCCAUGGCGGUGGGAUUCCUUGAUGAGACUACUCCGGCACUUGAUUUCGAAAAAUUAUUCAGUUUGCUCCAACGAGCCCUUCCAUUUAACUUUAAAGCGUACUUUAUCCUCGACGGGUUGGAUGAAUGUGAUGAUGUUGAGAGACAGAUCUUGAUUCGACAACUUCAGGAACUCCAGGAGAUAUUUGCGCUGCUUCUCUGUGUUUCAACCAGACUGGAGGUCGACAAUGCCUUGGGAUUGAGACUGGAACAGUUCGCUAACCCCAGCGUUAUUUCAAUUCCUGAUAAUAAUCCUGAUAUUGAGAGCUUCAUUGGUGCAGAGUUAGAGAGCUGCCUGAAGUCUGGAAAGCUGGCGAUCGGGGAUCCCGCCCUUAUACUCGAAAUACGAAAUGCUCUCCUAGAAGGUGCUCAAGGAAUGUUCCUCUGGGUAGCCCUUCAAAUCAAAUCCUUAUGCGCCGAGAAAACAGAUGAGGCCAUUCGCCAGGCUCUGGCGGAUCUUCCAAAAGAUCUCUCAGAAACGUUUUCACGCAUUCUACGGAAACCGGAAGAUUUAGGUAAACCUUAUCAGAGGCCGAUACUAGAGCUCAUCACCGUGGCUCACCGUCCCUUAACAACCGAAGAACUUCGGGAAGCCUUAAGUGUCGUUCCCGGCGAUACUACCUUCAACCCGGCAAGGCUCCUCAACGAAUUGUAUUCGACAUUGACUUGCUGCGGAAGCCUCAUCGCCGUCGAUGAAGAGGAGUUGACCAUACGACUUGUGCACCAUAGUGUCAAGCAAUUCCUCCUUAGUGGGUCCGAAGACUCGAAUGGACUGCCAUUUACCGAAUGUAGUGCACAUAGGAAGAUGGCAGACGUUAUCGUUACCUACCUCAAUUACGGCAUUUUUAGUACCCAGCUAUGUACUAUGGUAGUCCCGCGAAUAAUGACCGCAUCAGCCCCUUCUACAAUUAUCCGCUCAGCCCUAGAUUCUUCACGGAAUGCUCGAAGCCUUGCAUUGAAGCUUUUACAUUCCGGGAAACAGCUUGAUCAUGACAUUGGCAAGGCUCUUGCGGGAGCGAGCAAGAACUUCAAACCUCGCUCGGUAGAUGAAUUUCACUUUUACUCUUAUGCAAAGUCGUAUUGCCUUUAUCACGCUUGGUACAAGUUAGAACAAGAGCCGGUGGUGUGCAACCUGCUAGUUGAACUAUUGGAAAGGGAGGUAGUCGACGCAAAUGCAAUGGACGAAUAUGGUCGGAUGCCGCUCUGGUGGGCUGUGCGGCUAGGGCAAGAGGCCAUCGUUAAGCUGCUACUCGAUUCUGGCAAAGUUGAUGCUAACUCGAACGAUAAACGUGGUCGAAUACAGCUCUGUCAAUGCCGACCCGAAGGAUAAGUUUAGUCGGACACCGCUCUCGUGGGCUACAGAGAUAGGCCACGAGGCUAUUAUAAAGCUGCUGCUCGAUUUUGGCAAAGUCGAUGCCGACCCGAAGGAUGAAUCUAGUCGGACGCCGCUCUCGUGGGCUACAGAGAUAGGAGACGAGGCUAUUG